GGAGAAGCCUCUUCCAACUGCAGGCAGAGCACAGGUGGCCCUGCUACUGGCUGCCACUCCAGCCCUGCCUCCUUCUCCAGCAUAUAAACAAUCCAGCAGCCUCAGUGAAUCACUGCUGUGCAGGGAAGGAAAGCUCCACGCACACAGCCCAGCAAACAGCAGCACACAGCUGAAAGGAAAACUCAGAGGAGAGAGAUAAGGAAGGAAAGUAGUGAUGGAUCUCAUCCCAGACUUGGCGGUGGAAACCUGGCUUCUCCUGGCUGUCAGCCUGAUACUCCUCUAUCUAUAUGGAACCCAUUCACAUGGACUGUUUAAGAAGCUUGGAAUUCCAGGGCCCACACCUCUGCCUUUUUUCGGAAAUGUUUUGUCUUUCCGUAAGGGCCUUUGGACGUUUGACAUGGAAUGUUAUAAAAAGUACAGAAAAGUCUGGGGUUUUUAUGACUGUCUACAGCCUGUGCUGGCUAUCACAGAUCCCAACAUGAUCAAAACAGUGCUAGUGAAAGAAUGUUAUUCUGUCUUCACAAACCGGAGGACUUUAGGUCCAGUGGGAUUUAUGAAAAGUGCUCUCUCUAGAGCUCAGGAUGAAGAAUGGAAGAGAAUACGAUCACUGCUCUCUCCAACCUUCACCAGUGGAAAACUCAAGGAGAUGGUCCCUAUCAUUGCCCGGUAUGGAGACGUGCUGGUGAGAAAUCUGAGGCGGGAAGCAGAGACAGGCAAGCCUGUCACCUUGAAAGACAUCUUUGGGGCCUACAGCAUGGACGUGAUCACUAGCACAUCAUUUGGAGUGAACGUCGACUCUCUCAACAAUCCACAAGACCCCUUUGUGGAAAACACCAAGAAGCUUUUAAGAUUUAAUUCAUUAGAUCCAUUCUUUCUCUCAAUAAAAAUCUUUCCAUUCCUUACUCCAAUUUUUGAAGCAUUAAAUAUCACUAUGUUUUCAAGAAAAGUUACAGAUUUUCUAAGAAAAUCUGUAAAUAAGAUAAAAGAAGAUCGCCUCAAAGAAACACAAAAGCGCCGAGUGGAUUUCCUUCAGCUGAUGAUUGACUCUCAGAAUUCGAAAGACACUGAGUCCCACAAAGCUCUGUCUGAUCUGGAGCUUGUGGCCCAAUCAAUUAUCUUCAUUUUUGCUGGCUAUGAAACCACGAGCAGCGUUCUCUCUUUCGUUAUGUAUGAACUGGCCACUCACCCUGAUGUCCAGCAGAAACUGCAGGAGGAAAUUGAGGCAGUUUUACCCAAUAAGGCACCACCCACCUAUGAUACUGUGCUACAGAUGGAGUAUCUUGACAUGGUGGUGAAUGAAACGCUCAGAUUAUUCCCAGUUGCUAUGAGACUUGAGAGGGUCUGCAAAAAAGAUGUUGAAAUCAAUGGGAUGUUCAUUCCCAAAGGGGUGGUGGUGAUGAUUCCAACCUAUGUUCUUCAUCGUGACCCAAAGCACUGGACAGAGCCUGAGAAGUUCCUCCCUGAAAGGUUCAGUAAGAAGAACAAGGACAACAUAGAUCCUUACAUAUACACGCCCUUUGGAAAUGGACCGAGAAACUGCAUUGGCAUGAGGUUUGCUCUCAUGAACAUGAAACUUGCUCUAAUCAGAGUCCUUCAGAACUUCUCCUUCAAACCUUGUAAAGAAACACAGAUCCCCCUGAAAUUACGCUUAGGAGGACUUCUUCAACCAGAAAAACCCAUUGUUCUAACGGCUGAGUCAAGGGAUGAGACCGUAAGUGCAGCCUGAUUUCCCUAAGGACUCCUGCUUUGCUUUUC